GAGACAAUAAUUGACAUUUAUCCUUUUAAUAAUAUUAGGAGAGCUGGGAGUAAAUAACUGUUGCAUAUGCCUUCUAUGAUCAAGGGCAUUUUGGGUAGUUCGGUCUGAUUUUGGAGAAAAGAAAAUGGGAAAUAUGAGAAGUUGCUGAUAUAAAUAAGAUGAAAUUCGUCACCUCUAAAUAUAUGCAUACCCAAAUCAAUCUUCGUUGAAACAAAAUCUUCCCAAAAAAGAAAACUUGAUUACAAAACAAAUGAGAUCGAUUUGUUAUCUUGAUUUUGUUGCACGCUAUAUACUUACAAGACUCCAAAAGCAAACAAUUCUGAUUUGUUUACUAUUUUAUAAGCAAUAGUGAUUAAAUAAAUGAAGCAAAGGAGCAAUAUGGGCCAUGAUUCAUGCAUAUUUCAGCUGGAAAGAAGUCACAUAGUAUAUGUUUGUACUAAAAGAAAAGAAAAAUAACCUCACCACUUUCUAUUAUAGUCCCUAUUUGAUAUGCCUUUUAUCACUCAACUUUCUUCUAACAAGAUAGAAAAAACAGUAUCAAGAUCAAAAAUGGAUACAGUAAAAUCAAUUAUUGCGGCAAUUAAUCCAAUUAAAAAUAUUGAAAAAGCAGUUGAAUGAAAAUGAAAGCAAACAGUAAAGCACUUUUAGAACAAUUUCAUGAUUAAACAAUCACCUUAAACAAAAGCAUUGUUACCUGCUCAUCAUGAUUUCAGGGCAUAAUCACCCUAUUUUCUGCUCAUUUUAACCCUCUUUAUAAAAUAAAUUUUACAAAAGAAUAAGUUUACAUUUGUACCCUCAAUUACAAUCUUAGCUCUUUGGAUUCACAAUGGUAGAAUUGGACAUACACAGCUUGUUAUACUCAACACUAUAAAUAUCAACAAAAUCCAUUCUUCUUUACUUCACAAGCUCAAAAGGAGAAUGGGAGCUCUUGAUUAUCUCUCAAACUUUUGCACUGUCACCACAACAAGAGGCAAAAGGAAACCUAUGCAGACAGUUGAGAUCAAAGUGAAAUUGGACUGUGAUGGAUGUGAGAGAAGAGUCAAGAAUGCUGUCAAAAACAUGAAAGGAGUGAGAAGUGUAGAAGUGAACAGGAAGCAACACCGUGUAACGGUGUGUGGCUUCAUCGAUGCGAGCAAGGUGCUCAAGAGAGUGAAGAGAACCGGAAAAAGAGCUGAAUUGUGGCCUUAUGUGCCUCACAAUCUGGUUCAGUAUCCCUACGCGCCUCAGGCCUACGACAAAAGGGCCCCAUCCGGCUUUGUCAGAAACGUCGCUCAAGCAGCGCCUCACGAGGAAGGGAUCACGCAUCUCUUCAGCGACGAUAACCCCCACGCUUGUUCUAUUAUGUGAAAAUUUAAUAUAUGUUUCAUUUUAAUUUUCAGAUUAUGUAGUGAGAUGAGAGAAUUGAUUAUGUAGCAUUCUCCAUGCUGACCGAAAUGCAACAGUUGGAAAAAUAUAAUCACAAAAUGGGAAUAUAAUAUAUUUGGA